UGGGCGGGAGGGAGCAGCGGAGCGCGCGACGGCUGCGGCGACGGCUCCGGCGGCGGCUCCCGCGGCGGCGGCGGCGGCCGGGGGCGGGAGGAAGGAGACCCUGGCUUCCCCGGGGGCCCGGCUGGGGCAGACGCGAGGGGCCUGGGGGGAAGCUGGCUUUGGCCCCGCCUGGGGCAGGAUGGUGAAUCUGGAACCCAUGCACCCAGCUGAGAAAACUGAGGUUCAAAUAUGUGGCCGGGGUCCCCCUGUGCUAGUUAGGAUGGCACUGGGAUUAAAUCCAGGUCUGUCUGCUGUCAAAACCCAUGCUCUGAAUUCUCGGCGCUACUGAAGCAGGUUUAAAAGCCCACUGAGGAUAUCAAGAUGAGUGGAGAUGUAGCAGAUUCCACAGUUGCUCGAAAUGCUCUCGGCCAGGUGGAGACAGAAUCCUGUAGCCCUCAACCUCUGCUGUCAUCUUGCUGGCCCAGCUGCUCUCGGAGAUGCUUCACAACCAAUCAUACAGGAAAUGAUCGAAACGGCUUAGAUUUCAACAGGCAGAUUAAAACCGAGGACCUCAGUGACUCUCUGCAGCAGACCCUCUCUCAUCGGCCAUGCCACCUGAGUCAAGGACCUGCCAUGAUGCCUGGAAACCAAAUGUCUGGGGACGUGACUUCCCUCCACCCGCUCCAGCAGCUUGUGCUGGUUCCCGGACACCUACAGUCUGUCUCCCAGUUCCUGCUAUCUCAGACCCAGCCUGGGCAGCAAGGUGAGAAACCCUCGGGGCUUCUACAUAGGUCUGCAGUCAAAUCUUCUCCACUUUCCACAGCAGCAAAGCUCUCUCCUCCUCCCGCAGACGGGGCCUGGCCUGGCGUCCCAGUUGGACGCCCUGGGGUGCCAGGAUCCUCUUUAGAACCGCAUCUGGAAGCAUCCCAGCAUCUCCCAGUCCCCAAGCAUCUCCCCAGCUCUGGAGGAGCCGAUGAGCCCAGUGACCUGGAGGAGCUGGAAAAGUUUGCCAAGACCUUCAAGCAGAGGCGCAUUAAGCUGGGCUUCACACAGGGAGACGUGGGUCUGGCGAUGGGAAAGCUGUAUGGCAACGACUUCAGCCAGACUACCAUCUCCAGAUUUGAGGCUCUAAAUCUGAGCUUCAAGAACAUGUGCAAGCUCAAGCCGCUGCUGGAGAAGUGGCUGAAUGAUGCAGAAUCCUCUCCCUCAGACCCCUCUGUGAGCACCCCCAGCUCUUACCCCACCCUCAGUGAAGUGUUCGGGAGGAAGAGGAAGAAGCGGACCAGCAUCGAGACCAGCAUCCGCCUGACUCUGGAGAAGAGAUUUCAAGAUAACCCCAAACCCAGCUCAGAGGAGAUCUCCAUGAUUGCAGAGCAGUUAUCCAUGGAGAAGGAGGUGGUGAGGGUCUGGUUCUGCAACCGACGCCAAAAGGAGAAGCGGAUCAACUGCCCCGUGGCCACACCCAUCAAAUCACCCAUGUACAGUUCCCGGCUGGUGUCUCCCUCUGGGUCUCUGGGGCCCCUCUCUGUCCCUCCUGUCCACAGCACCAUGCCUGGAACAGUAACGUCAUCCUGCUCCUCUGGGAACAACAGCAGGCCUUCGUCUCCUGGCCCAGGACUCCACGCCAGCAGCCCUACUGCAUCUCAAAAUAACUCCAAAGUGGCUGUGAACUCCUCCACCAGUUUUAACUCUUCAGGAUCUUGGUACCGAUGGAAUCAUCCCACCUACCUCCACUGAGACCAAAAAGUUUCUCCUAUGCCACCUGGCCCUGUAUUCCCCACUGGAAGGAAGGGAGUCACGCCUUCUCUGUAUGGACAGAUUACUUUCAGGAGAGUAGAAGAGAAUCUCCACUAUCAAUGAACCCAAA